UUCCCCCCCUGCACAAGCGCGCGCUCUUUCUUGAGGCACCCAUGCGGUUAGGGUGACUGUCGCUGUACGUCCCCGUCGUGGUCCUUCGGUCUUCGGUUCCCACCUGUCGCGGAGCGAGCUGAGAUCUGUGUCUGUGGACCUGAACGUCGACCCUUCACUGCAAAUUGACAUACCUGAUGCACUGAGCGAGAGGGACAAGGUCAAGUUCACAGUGCACACCAAGACCACACUGCCUGCGUUUCAGAGUCCAGAGUUUUCUGUUACGAGGCAACAUGAGGACUUUGUGUGGCUACAUGACACUCUCAUUGAAACGACAGACUACGCUGGGCUUAUUAUCCCUCCGGCUCCUACAAAGCCAGACUUCGAUGGCCCUCGAGAGAAGAUGCAGAAGCUGGGAGAGGGGGAAGGGUCCAUGACCAAGGAGGAAUUUGCCAAGAUGAAGCAGGAGCUGGAGGCGGAGUACCUUGCUGUCUUUAAGAAGACUGUGUCCUCCCAUGAAGUCUUUCUUCAGCGGCUCUCUUCUCACCCCGUUCUCAGUAAAGACCGCAACUUCCAUGUUUUCCUGGAAUAUGAUCAGGAUCUAAGCGUCAGGCGGAAGAACACCAAAGAGGUGUUUGGUGGGUUUUUCAAGAGUGUGGUGAAGAGUGCUGACGAAGUUCUCUUUUCUGGAGUUAAGGAGGUGGACGACUUCUUUGAACAGGAGAAGAACUUCCUGGUUAACUACUACAACAGGAUCAAGGACUCCUGUGGCAAAGCUGACAGGAUGACCCGGGCGCAUAAAAGUGUCGCCGACGACUACAUCCACACAGCAGCCUGCCUGCACAGCUUGGCCCUGGAGGAGCCCACCAUCAUCAAGAAGUACCUAUUGAAGGUUGCUGAGCUAUUUGAAAAACUUCGGAAAGUGGAGGGCCGCGUCUCCUCAGACGAGGACUUAAAGCUGACGGAGCUGCUCCGCUACUACAUGCUCAACAUCGAGGCUGCCAAGGACCUCCUGUACAGACGCACCAAAGCCCUCAUUGACUACGAGAACUCGAACAAAGCUCUGGACAAGGCCCGGCUGAAGAGCCGAGACGUGAAGGUGGCCGAGGCACACCAGCAGCAGUGCUGCCAGAAAUUCGAGCAGCUCUCAGAGUCCGCGAAGGAAGAACUGUUGAACUUCAAAAGGAAGAGAGUGGCAGCAUUUAGGAAGAAUCUGAUUGAGAUGUCGGAGCUGGAAAUCAAGCACGCCAGAAACAACGUUUCCCUUCUGCAGAGCUGCAUUGACUUGUUCAAGAGCAACUGACCGACCACUCCUCGCUUGCCCCGGAGGAAGAAGACUUGUGUGAAACCAGCGCCACUUGCACCUCCGUCCUUGCCAUAGAUGAUUAGCUUUGACUUUAGCUUACAAUUAUGUGAAUAAAUAUUUUGAUUUCUAAAAAUCUUUUAACAUUUAACCAUGUUGGUUUAAAAAUUUUUAUCGCAUGCUACUUGGACAUGACUAAUCUUUUCCUUCUACAUUUAAUACCUCAGCGUGGCAGCCCCUGGACACUGGAUUCUCCUGUUGCCAAGGAGGGUGGGAGCCUUGUGCCCACAUAGGUGUGGUUCCCAGCGGGUGUGGCUCAGAUCAGAUGCACCAAGGGUGACGCGUUGGGUGCCACAGGAAGUGCUUUCCACUCCCUACUGCUCCUGGCUCUGUUGCACUGCGGGGCAGGAAGAUGUGCAUCUUUAUGUGCCCUUCAAAGCCCAGCUUCAGGUGUAAAUAGCUGAGGGGAGAGGUGUCUGAGGCUGUGCACAGACAGCAUGGCCGGGUCUGCACCAGAGGGUGUGAGCCCCUCCCUUUCGGUGGGGCGGGCUGUGUCUGGGCUUAUGUUUUUUAUAAAGUGUAAAAUAAAAUAAGAAACCAUG